AUGUUCCGGGGUGAUUCUGAUGUGAAGGUAGGCCUCCGUGAGGUCGAUGGAGGCCAAGAAGUCGCCCUGUCGAAUGCCCUGGAUUUCAGGGAGGCCAUCUUGAACCUACGGUUUGGAGUAAUUCAUUCAGUGUUUACAAAUUUGCUCUUGUGGACAAAUGGUAUAUUAACUGAAUCAAAGCAUCAACUUAAUGAACACAAGGAAAGGUUAAUUACUCUUGGAUUUGGAAACAUAUCAAUAGAGCUGGAUGAUCAUACACCACUUUGCAACUGUACCUACAGCACCCUCUGCUCCAUAUUUUCCCAAGGAAUAUAUUAUUUAUACCCCUUCAAUAUUGAGUAUCACAUUUUAGCAUCCACAAUGCUGUAUGUGGUCUGGAAGAACAUUGGACGUAAAGUUGAAUACCUACAGCCACAUAAGAUGCCAUUCAAGUUUCAGGGCACAGCCAUAGGCAGCAUCUUAGGUCUAGUAGUAUUUAUUACAACAAUAGCAGUUGUAGUUGUUUAUCUUAUUCAGAUUGGGCGUUCAAAAUUAAAGAGUGAACUAGCACUUAUUAUGUUUUACUUGUAUGCCGUCACAGUACUAGCAAUCAUGUGUGCAGCAGGCAUUGUGGCGAUUCUAAUCUAUAGACUUGAAGACAAUUCACUAGAUAUUUCUAAAAAUCCAGCCAGAAAACUUGAUGCAGACCUCUUGGUAGGGACAGCCUCAGGCUCCUGGCUUCUUUCUUGGGGUUCUAUUCUUGCAAUUAUCUGUGCUCAGUCUCAUCCAGCAUAUACAUGGUAUAGUUUGCCCUACUCUGUACUUGUUAUCAUUGAGAAAUAUAUUCAGAACCUCUUCAUAAUUGAAUCUAUACAUCGUGAGCAUGACAAGAGUAAUGAUGAUAUUAAAACUCUGCGAAUAUUAACAGUGUCCAGUGGAAACAAUCUCUCCCCUACAGCUUCCUAUAAAGAAAUCUAUAAUGGAACAAAUGGAAAGUUGUCAUCCACAUUUUAUGGAAUUAGUUAUCCAUCUGAGAACAGUUCCAGUUGUGCUUUCCAUGAAAACAUUAAUCAGAACAAGAUUCCAGUCCCUCCGUCCCCUACAGAUUUUUCAUUCACUCCGAGAAACUUCUAUGUCAACAACAAAAGAAGUAUCUUGAAGAAUAUUGCUGUAUUUUUGUUCUUGUGUAAUCUCUCACUUUGGAUUCCGCAAGCUUUUGGUUGCCGCCCUGAAUAUGACAAUGGCCUGGAAGAAAUGGUUUUUGGAUUUGAACCUUGGAUCAUUGUGGUGAAUCUUGCAAUGCCCUUUUCCAUUUUCUACCGGAUGCAUUCAGCAGCCUCCCUCUUUGAGGUUAGCUGCAAAAUGUAAAUUGUAUAAUUUCAUCAAGAAGGAAAGAUGAAAGUCUGGGAAGGUAAAUACACUUGAUAGAUCUUGAAGAUCCAAGAUCAUUUAAAUGGAUUCUUUUGCCACCUCCUCGCUCCCUUGGGAAAUUUAAGCAAACAUGAAUACAUCUGUAAAAGCAUUGAGCCAAUACACAGCUGCAGGGUUGCAGAUUUGAAGAAAAAGAUGAUUUGGCACUUAAAUGGGCAUGGAUGUUACAUCCCCCACCCCAAUACUUUCAAUG